UCCUCUUGAGUCUACACUCUUACACAAUGUGCCAAAUAACUGUCCCUAACCACCUCUCCCUCUCUAACAGUGUCUGUCACACACACUUCCUCACCAAAAAGAUCUGCAAACUUCAACUCAAACUCAAAUCAAACUUCAGUCUCCAUGAUUUCCAUGGAUGCAACUAUCUUCAACCCUCUAUCAAUCCCAUUUCCUAACCCUACUUCCCAAUUUUUCUCAAACCCCUCCAUUAACGUUUCUUCUGAUUCUCCUAUUCCUUUUUGUAGCGACCUUAAAUUGAACCCUAGAAUUUGCAGCAAGAAAGGAAAGCUAAUUGCCAAUGCGUACGCUGUUGAUGGAAGAUUUGAGAGAUUAGGUAAGAGAGAUGCUGAUGAACAGUUACCGGAGAGACACAGUUGGGAGCGUAAAGUUAACUGUGAAGUUGAAGUGAUUUCAUGGAGAGAGCGUCGGAUUAAAGCGGAAAUUAGUGUUAAUGCAGAUAUUGAUUCUGUUUGGCAUUCUCUUACUGAUUAUGAACGCCUCGCUGAUUAUGUCCCUAAUCUUGUUUCUAGUGGAAGAAUCCCUUGUCCAUAUCCGGGUAGACUUUGGGUCGAGCAAAGAGGCUUCCAAAGGGCACUAUAUUGGCAUAUUGAAGCUCGUGUUGUCUUGGAUCUCCAAGAAUUUCCUAAUUCUUCGAAUGAACGUGAACUCCAUUUUUCCAUGGUUGAUGGAGACUUUAAGAAGUUUGAAGGAAAGUGGUCGGUAAAAUCAAAGAGAAGAUCCUCGUCAACAACUCUAUCUUAUGAGGUCAAUGUCAUACCAAAAUUCAAUUUUCCUGCUAUUUUCUUGGAGAGGAUUAUUCGAUCAGACCUGCCCGUAAAUCUCCGAGCCUUGGCAUGCCGAUCUGAGAGCAGCCUUGGAGGAAAUCAAAAGAUGCCUGUCACAGUUAAUUCAAAAACUGAAACUUAUGUAGAUACUGACAGUACCAGCUUGUCCAGCACUGUAAUGGAGAAAAAUAGGUCUAGUGGGGAGCUGAAGAAGAACUUGCCUGGUACUAGUCCUGGACCCUUGCCCCAGGUGCCUGCUGAGUUGAGUAGUACCUGGGGGGUUUUUGGUAAAGUUUGUAGGUUUGACAGGCCUUGCUUGGUAGAUGAGAUUCAUCUUCGUAGAUUCGAUGGUUUAUUGGAAAAUGGUGGUGUUCAUCGCUGUGUUAUUGCUAGCAUUACAGUAAAAGCUUCUGUACAUGAAGUCUGGGGUGUUUUAACUGCUUAUGAAAGUCUUCCCGAGGUAGUUCCAAAUUUGGCAAUCAGUAAAGUAUUAUCCAGAGAUAAAAACAAAGUUCGCGUUCUUCAGGAAGGGUGCAAAGGUCUAUUAUAUAUGGUACUCCAUGCACGAGUGGUAAUGGACUUAUGUGAACAGCAUGAACAAGAGAUUAGCUUUCAGCAGGUUGAAGGUGAUUUUGACUCUUUUCAAGGCAGGUGGCAGCUGGAACAGCUUGGGAACCAUCAUACAUUGCUUAAGUACUCUGUGGAGUCAAAAAUGCGCCGAGAUACCUUCCUAUCAGAAGCAAUCAUGGAAGAGGUUAUAUACGAGGAUCUUCCGUCAAACUUAGGUGCUAUUCGAGACUACAUUGAGAAGAAGACGGGAACAAGCUCUGACGAAAGUGAUGAACCACAGACGGAGCAACAAAAAGAUGAAAAUUCCCAAGAGCAAUCUUGCUCAUCAUCUGAAGAAGGCAAUAAUAGUCGAAGAACUAAGGAAAAUAAUUCAAGCAGCAAAAGUUCAAGCUCCACAAAACAAAGGUCUAGAGUCCCUGGUUUACAACAGGAUAUUGAAGUUCUGAAGUCAGAAAUCCUGAAAUUUGUAGCUGAGCACGGGCAGGAAGGAUUUAUGCCCAUGAGAAAACACCUCCGUUCUCAUGGCAGGGUUGACAUUGAGAAGGCAAUCAACCGGAUGGGCGGAUUUCGUAGGAUUGCUACACUGAUGAAUUUGUCUCUUGCGUACAAACAUCGGAAACCCAAAGGUUAUUGGGACAACCUCGAAAAUUUGCAGGAGGAAAUUAGUCGAUUUCAGAAGAGCUGGGGAAUGGAUCCAUCUUAUAUGCCCAGCAGAAAAGCCUUCGAACGUGCAGGACGCUAUGACAUUGCUCGAGCCCUAGAAAAAUGGGGUGGCCUACACGAAGUAUCCCGCCUCCUAUCACUCAAAUUGAGACACCCCAACAGGCAACAGGCAAGUCUUUCCAGGGAUAAGAAAAUUGAUAAUGUUUCAUCUGCUAAGGUUGAAGUUGGAGAAAAGAUAGCAUGUAAACCUUUUGUAUCUCUAGAUCCUCCAGAUUGGCUUACAAAUCUCAAUAAUUUAGACAUCACUUGGGUUGAAUAA